AUGGCAUGCCUUGGUGCUCGAACAUGGCAUUCCUGGCCUGAGGCGUUCAGGCGACAGGAUCCACCACAGCAUCGCGAACCUUGCCACCAGGGCCAGCAACCUCGCAGCAUCCUGCUGGGGGCAGCGGCUGCCUACUGUCUGCAAGCAAACCCGCAAGGCGCCAGGAGACAUGCGAAGCCAGGCUUCCGGCUGCAGGUGAGACAGAAGAAUCGCAUCUGCAUCCCACAUUGCCACACGGCCGCCUUCUACCGGCCGGCGUCGAACUCGCCUGACAGUGAUGUGUUGGAACGGCAAGUGUUCGGCACGUGA